AACUACAUACUUGGUGGCUUAGUACAAGUGGCAAUCUAAAACGUUGAACAUUUUCUUUUUGUUUUGAUAUUCUAAAAAACGUUGAACAUUGGAGCCAAUAUAUUAAUUAGAGAGUUAUAAUGUAAAUAAAUUCCUCUCAUUUACCAAAAAUAAUUAUUAUUUAAACAAUACAUAAUUAUGAAGUUAUUAACAAAAAGAUAUCAUAGUAGUAAUCUUGAUCUUAGUACACAAUAAAACUUUUAUCAUAAUCAUAAAGCCUUUUACCCAACGGUCUCUGUCUCUCUAUAACGAAGAACGCUUUGGAAGCUCUGCUUUGCCCGCGAAAACGUGAUCAUCAUGGGUUGUUGUUUCUUCUCGACGCCUCUCGAGAACGACGGAUUCAGCGACUGGCCUUUCAUAGAGUUCUUCCUCUCCGAUCUCACGAAGGCGACCAAGAACUUUAGUGCCAACGAGAUCAUAUCAGAGAACAGAGAAGAAUCUUCCAAUGUUGUCUACAAAGGUCUUUUAUCAGAGAUUCUUGACUUCGUCGCUAUCAAGAGAUUCAAGAAUUCAGAGUGGUCUGAUCAUGAAGAAUUUGCGGAAGACGCAAAAGCAGUUGGUGAACUAAAGCACAAGAGACUCGUCAAUUUGAUUGGUUAUUGCUGCGAUGAAGAUGAAAGGCUUCUUGUUGCAGAGCUCAUGCCGAAUGAUAAUCUCGCUACGCUUUUAUUCAAUCAGAAAAAUCAAACCAUGGAAUGGUCAAUGCGGUUGCGAGUGGCAUAUUGUAUAGCCGAAGCAUUGGAUUAUUGCAAUAGUGCAGGUUUUGCAUCGUACAAUAACUUAAGUGCUUACUCGGUUCUGUUUGAUAAGGAUGGUGAUCCCUGUCUUUCUAGUUUUGGCUUGAUAAAGGCGAUCAAUUAUGAUCGAAGUCAGAGAACAAGAGGAAUUGUGAACCCUAAAAGUGUGACAUAUAGAUUUGGUACUAUCCUUGUGAAUCUGCUAACUGGAAAGCAAGUUCCUCCAAGCCAUGCUCCUGAGAUGAUCAAUGGAAAGGAUGUUACUGAUCUGAUGGAUCCAAAUCUGAAGGGAAAGUUCUCUACAGAAGAAGCUUUCGUAGUUUUCAAACUCGCCUCUCAAUGUUUGCAGUGCGAAAAUAGAAAAAGUCUCAUCACAAAAGAGCUUGUUGCAACACUUAAAGCCAUGCAAACUAAAACACAAACUCCAUAUAUUCAAAUGCUUGAACUGGCAAAGCCGCACGAGGUGGGAGCAUCUUCAAGUCAACAACAACAGCAAGAAGUAAGAAAAGGAGCUUAUUGUCAACCGCAUUUAAAAUGUAAAAUGUAAAAAACAAGUGAUAUCUUUUACCUUUGUUAUAUUAGAAAAAAAAAUACAUAUAAAUUCCUCUCUUCUUUUUGUUAAAGGGUUCAAAUGAAAUACAUAUGUAACUAACACAUGUCGUU